GACGGACGCUGAGGGCCACAGAAGGAGGAAAACACCAGCUUGGCUGUCUGCAUCCUUGCACUCACACUUAGUUGGGCAGUUGGAAACACACCUUCACCGGUAACGAGUGUGAAGUCUAAUCCACUGCAGGUCUACUGAGACACUUGUUCUGACAAUCAGGAUCUUAAGCAGUAAAGUAGAUCAACAUGAUUUUUCUAAUGGACUUCCAGAUGAUGCUUCUAGAUUUGAUUUACUUCAUCCUGCGCAGUUCUGUGCGGGUUGUCCUGCGCCCACGCACUAAGCCCAUCGAUGGCGAACUGGUGCUGAUCACCGGGGCGGGUGGUGGCCUGGGUCGUCUCUUCGCUCAGGAAUUCACCAUGCAUGGGGCAGAAGUGGUGCUGUGGGACAUCAACACCAGUUCCAAUGAGCAGACAGCCAAGCUGGUGCGUGAGAUGGGGGGAAAGGCGUACACCUACACGGUGGAUGUGACCAACAGGGAGGAUGUGUAUCACAAUGCAGACAUUGUGCGAAAGGACCUGGGCCGGGACGUUACAAUGCUAGUGAACAAUGCAGGAGUGGUUGCUGGGAAGCGCAUGUUAGACUGUCCUGAUGAGCUAAUUGAGAGGACAAUGAAGGUCAACUGCCUUGCCCUCUUCUGGACAGUGAAGGCCUUCCUCCCUCAGAUGAAAGCACAGAAUCAUGGACACAUCGUGACCAUCGCCAGCGUCCUCGGCCUCUUCAGCACAGCUUGUGUCGAGGAUUACUGCGCCAGUAAGUUUGCUGCAGUGGGAUUCCACGAGUCUCUGGCCCAUGAGCUGCUGGCCGAGGAGGUUGAAGGAGUGAAGACGACUCUUGUGUGUCCCUAUAUCGUGGACACAGGCAUGUUUGCAGGCUGCAAGAUACGGGAGGAAGUGGAACUGCUCCUGCCACCUCUGGAGCCCCAGUACUGUGUUGAGCAGGCCAUGAACGCCAUCCUGAUAGACCAACCGUUAGUGUGCAUCCCUCGCCUCACCUACCUGCCUUUUCUCUCCAGAGCACUGUUGCCGUGGGAAUCCAAUGUGGUUACAUACCGGUUCAUGGGGUCCGACAAGUGCAUGUACCCCUUCAUUGACAGCAUGAACAAACAACCGACUAAUGGCUCCGUUCAGGUUGCAUAAUCCUAGCUAAGUGCAGUUAAGACAGCUUUGGGAGUCAAAACUUGAAAAUUAAAAUAAAUUGUAAAUUGUAAAUUGGUUUAUCAUAUGAUGAAAAAAAAAUCCUUCUGCUUGUGUGGACAGCAGUGGGCCGAACUGCCCAGCUAUGGCCAGGAUUUAGGAUAACAAGUGGAUCAUCAGAAGUAAUGCAGAAGCAAAAUGGAGUGGGGGAGGGGCUUUAGAUUUAAGACUGAUCAUUCAGAAGUGUUUACUAGAUGACGACUCAGCCAAGUGGUCAUCAGCACCCCAAAAACAUUUCAGUAAUGUUCAGAUGAAGUUUAAAGUCCCUUCAAACUGUUUUCACCAUAAACCUUUAAAAUGACAAAAUACUGCAGAGUGAUUGAGUCCUGAACUGACAAUAAGGGGAUUUGGGGUGUCUUUAAUGUGUAACCUAACAAUGUACCAGAAUAUUGCGCUGUAUUAUGUUUACAUCAAAUAAAAUGAUUGAAAACCACUAAA